AUGUCAUCAUCUUCAACUGGCUCGAAGAAAGCUGCUGCUACAAUGCUGAAGAGAAAUCGGUUUUCAGUGAAGAACAAUUCAUCGAAAAACAAAACCAUUGACAGAUCUCAGGAUUCUGAUCAAGCAGAAACCAGAAAAAAUUUUGAUCCUUCGAAAGAAACAAAUGAACACCGUGUAGAAAAUGCUAAUGCAUCGGUCAAUAUUGAUCUGACUGAACGAGUAUUGGAGACAUCACGAAAACAGAAAUUUAAAGAAUUUGCCGGUGUAACAAUAGUGGUGAAAGCAGCGACGAACUCGAAACAUGGUACAGCCUAA